GCUGCUCACUUGCUUGCUUAUCAAUGCAGUGUGGGAAGGUUCGACUUCGACAAUUUUUUUUUAUAAUUUCUUAAUUUCCGAUGACUGUCGUCGUUCUGAUCUUUGAUUAUUCAAAGGUUCUGAUCAUAAAAUGGAUCAGAAAUUUACAUAUGCAUUCAGAGGAGUUAUAGCAUUUGUUGCUUUCACUAAUUUAGGAAUUGCUGUCAAAGCAUUUGUUGAAAAAAAAUGUUCUUUGACUGAAAUUUCAGGAUCAGAAUCAGUAAAUUUAAUCUUACCCCGAGUGUUCGGAAGUUUUGCGUUUCUUCAAGCUCUAAUUUUAAUACACUGUGCUCUGUGUAUUUACCAUAAACCGUUAAUUAGUUUGGGAAUAUUCUCUUCAUUUUUGAAUUUAAACGUAUAUCUGACAGAAACGUUUGUAUUUCAUACAAUUUCAUUCGACUUUCAAGUAAUACUACCUUGCGUUCUGAAUGGCAUCAUCAUCGUUGGAUUCGCAGCUUCACUACUUGAAUUCAAAUCGAAGAAAGAAGUAUGUGAUGAUGAAAACGCUGAGAUAUUGAAAUUUGCCAAUACACUUAAAAAAACUAGAGGGAUGAAGAAAUUUAAAUGAAACAGUGAUGUGUUCUAAACUUUUCAAGAAACCCAAAGCAAAUUGUAACUGCCCUUCAUUAAACUUACUUCAUUUUAAUCGUAAUUUUGGCACAUUUCUUAAUCCCAGUUUAUUAUUUUUGGGAUAAAAGCUCUCCAUUGGUAGUAAAGUAAUACUGUGCGAAAACGAGAAAUGUUGUCUGGUCAUUCCUAGUCAUUUUUGGUAAUUAUUUUUUAUCUCUGUAAAGAAAGUCGUUCUUGAUUAACAAAUGAAUAAAUGAUUAAUAGUACUCUGUCAA